GAUCUGACUGACUCUCCAUAUAUCUGCAAAACUAAAAUUUCAAGAAUACAAUCUCCUACCAUACCAUACCAUCAUGUUCAAGAAUUUGCCAUUAUUAUUUCUCCUUUUCUUCUUCUUCCUCGGCUUGGUUAAUGGCAGAUGGCAGCAGCAUGAUGAAGAGGUAGUUGUGUCUCUUCCAACCAUCUAUGUUGACCACUCAGGGUUGACCACCAAGUUCAAAACCAUCCAAUCAGCCAUUGAUUCAAUCCCAUCCAACAAUCUCCGUUGGAUUCGCAUUUCCAUCAAGCCUGGUGUCUACAAAGAAAAGGUAACAAUUCCUGGCGACAAGCAAUACAUUUACCUCAAAGGAGAGGGUGCAAAGAGGCAGCGCCCCAUUGUCGUUUGGGAUGAGAGCCAGUCACUCCUUGCAAGUCCAACUUUUUUAUCCAAUGCAGAUAAUAUCAAAGUUGAAAAUCUUCAUUUUGUGAAUUCCUAUAACUAUCCUCCAAAGAAGUCAGGCGGCGCUCCCCUGAAACCGGCGGUGGCGGCCAUGAUUAACGGCGACAAAACAGCGUUUUACCGGUGUGGUUUCUCCGGCGUACAAGACACAUUGUUGGAUGCUAUGGGCAGACAUUAUUUCAAGCAUUGCACCAUUGAAGGGGCCGUGGACUUCAUCUUUGGAGCCGGUCAGUCUAUUUAUGAGGAGUGUAGAAUAGUUGUGAAUGCUGGAUCAAUAGGAGAAGGCACAACAGGGUUCAUAACAGCACAAGGAAGGUCAAGAGCAAAAGACAGCAAUGCAUUUGUAUUCAAGAAUUGCGAAGUGGUUGGAAAUGGCAUGGCACUGUUGGGAAGGGCAUGGAGAAGCUAUUCUAGGACCAUUUUUUAUAAUUCCUCCCUCUCCAACAUCGUUGUUCCUCAAGGUUGGGAUUCUUGGUCCUACAAAGAUUACGAGCACCAGCUAACAUUUGCUGAGGUGGAAUGCUAUGGACCUGGGUCGGACACCUCAAAGAGAGUUCCAUGGGAAGCAAGGUUGAGUCAAGAAAUGGUGAAGUACUUCACCAGCAUGGACUUCAUUGACGGUGAUCAAUGGAUUAGCAAACAACCUUACUAAUUGUAGUACUAAUUAAUUAUGCCCAAUACAUCUUUGUUUUAGUAACAUAGUAUGUAGUGUGUUAUUCGGACAUUAUAUAUUUUUGUAGGAAGUUUACAUUUUCGAAUAUUAUUGUUGUACCUUUCUUCUUAUACAACUCAUAAUUCGCUCAUUAGCACUUACAUUUGAAAUUUUGAUAAAUAUGAUUUGUUUUUAAUAUUUGUA